CCGGAUUCAGAUGAUAAACUUUUUCUCCACCGGCAAAUAUCAAACCAUAAUCUCACUUCUCUCCGCUGCUUCUCUCUCUCCCCUUCGAUUGCUUCAGAGACUCUCCGAUGGAAUUCUCCAGAUCUAGAUCCGUCUUCGUCAACAUCGGACUCAGAGAGCUCAAUGGAUUUCGAGUACGGAAGCGACCGUUCUUCGCAGAUUCCGAGCUGAUUUGCAGAGAAAUCGCCGGCGUGGCGGUGGAACACGACGGGAAUCGAACUCCGCCGUUGGCUGUUUCCUUUUGUAAGACUAGCCGGAAUUCGCAAUUGUUCGCCGUGUCUGAUGAAGACGGUCAUGUGAGCUUGUUUAAUUCCAGUAAGAAGUUUGCCUCUUCUGCAACUCACCAAGAGAACACAGAGAAUGCUAGAUUUCGUGAUUGGAUUGCUCAUUAUAAUGCGAUCUUCGACAUUUCUUGGAUCAAGGGAGAUAGUUGUCUUUUAACUGCUUCUGGUGAUCAAACUAUUAAAGUAUGGGAUGUAGAGGAGAAUAAGUGUACUGGAGUUCUUAUAGGACAUACAGGAACUGUAAAAUCAAUGUGUUCACAUCCAACGAAUUCUGAUCUUCUUGUAUCUGGUUCAAGAGAUGGAUGUUUUGCGUUGUGGGAUUUAAGAUGUAAAAGCAGCUCUCACAAAGAGGAAUUUUGUAUUAACUCCACUGGCAUGGUUAAAGGAGCUCAUCUAUCUCCUCUUUCAAAACGAAUCAGACGUCGCAAGGCUGCUUCAUCAAGCAUUACCUCUGUGCUUUAUCUCAAGGACGAGAUCACAAUUGCUACUGCUGGAGCACCUGAUAGUGCCUUGAAAUUUUGGGAUACAAGGAAGCUAAAAGCUCCUUUUGCUCAAGCCUCUCCACAGUCAGACCCAACAAACACUAAGGAAAAGAGAUCACAUGGUAUAGUAUCCUUGUCCCAGGACUCUAGUGGAACCUUUCUCACAGCAUCAUGCAAGGACAAUAGAAUCUAUCUAUACAACACGCUGCGGCUUGACAAAGGACCUGUACAAUCUUUCUCUGGCUGCCGAAUAGAUUCUUUUUUCGUAAGGACGAUGAUUAGUCCUGAUGGUGAAUAUGUCUUGAGCGGUUCAAGCGAUGGAAACGCUUACAUAUGGCAGGUCAAUAAACCUCAAGUAGAUCCUAUAAUCUUGAAAGGCCAUGACUUUGAAGUUACUGCAGUAGAUUGGUCUCCAUCAGAGAUUGGGAAGGUUGCAACAGCCUCAGAUGAUUUCACGGUACGACUAUGGAACAUAGAGAACAAUCGCUGCACAAACACAAACGCAACAGCGUCUGUGUCUAGAGUCAAACGCAGAGUAACCGCAUUGUCAAACACUGAAGCCAAAGAAAGACUUGAGAUGAACAGAGAAGCUGAGAGUCCCCAAAAGCAUUCAUCAUUAUUGGAUGAUGAUUAUAAUAAUAAUUAUCAGUCAACGCAUAUCAUUAGAACUCCAGAGUCUCAGAAGAAGAAAACAUCAUCAUCAUCAUCGUUGUCAUCAUUAUCAUCAUCAGAAGAAGAUAUAAUAUGCGAGAGAACACCAGAAACCACAUUCAACAGUCCAUCCUCUGUACUAAACCCUCCUUCCUCAGUCAAAAGGCGAACCAUUAGAGAUUAUUUUCUUGUCACUCCCUAAACUCUAAUCUCUUGUUCGAAGUUUAUUGUAUAGAAAUUGUAAGCCUUUUAGAUUGGGGUUGAUAUCUGAAAGUUUUGUAUGAAGUAAAUCAGAAACUAUUAA